AUGCGAGGUCGUCGACAAGCAAACGAGGCACGCUUCGCAGACGGCACCGUCCGUCUCGUUCGCCGCCUGCCGAAGCUUCGACGACGCCGCAAACCCUCGUCGCCUCACGUCAUCGACUUCUGGCCCGCAUGUCAUUCGCCCUCGGCCGCUGGAGCCGCCUGGGAGCCGCCUCGGGAGCGGGAGCUGCCUCGAACGCCGACGUGGCCUCUGGCUCGUGACCCGACGACGGCCUCCGCUGCCAUGCCGCCGACGCUGUUCUCGCGGCCCUCGGGCUCGCCACCGGCCUCCUCCUCCGGGUACCAGCCGCUGAGCCAGGACGACGCCGACGACAUGGCUCGAGAGGGAGACGCGGCCGUCGAGACGGACGGCACGCCCGCUCCCACGGAUGCCGCCGCCGCCAUGCUCGUCAAGCUCGGCCGGGCGCCCGACGAACCACUCUCCGUGUCCUCGGCCGACGACGCUCGCAUCCUCCGCCGCGUCGACGUCGCCCUGCUGCCGCUCAUGCUCGCCGUCUACUUCCUCCAGGCCCUCGACAAGGCCACGCUCUCGUACUCGUCCCUCUUCGGCCUCAUCGACGACACCCACCUCGUCGGCGACCAGUUCUCCUGGCUCGGCAGCGUCGUCUUCGUCGCCCAGCUCGUCAUGCAGCUCCCCCUCUCCUGGGCCCUCGUCAAGCUACCCGUCGGACGCUUCAUGAGCCUCAUGGUCCUCGGCUGGGGCCUCACCUUGACCGCCAUGACCUGGGCUCGCGACUUUCCCCAGCUCCUGGUCGCCCGCUUCUUCCUCGGCGCCUUUGAGGCCAGCGUCGGCCCGAGCUUCGUGGCCAUCACCCAGAUGUGGUGGCGCAGGAGGUUCGUCGUCGUCGUCGUCGUCGUCGUCGUCGUCGCCGCCGCACCCGCAGCCGCCGCCGACGACCUGUUGCCGCCCCGAGGCUAA